AUGUUGCAUCCUUCUCCGCUCAUCUCUGAUUCAACUUCAUUUGACUCCUCUGAUUCUUCCGCGAUUGACAUCCUCAUCUCAGACUCGACUUCAUGCUUUAUUCGUCUCAACAUCGUUGUGACUCCGUGGAGACCUCUUCCUUCGCAUCGACUCAUCCUCUUCACAGCACUGCUUCCCUCACUUCUUCACGAUUCUCUAAACGAAGUUUCUGAAUCAAAUUUUGAAGAUUCGCUCCAUCUCGCUUAUUCGCUCUCAGUCUCACUUGUGGUUGUGUUUCACAUUUGCAUCUUUAAUUUGAGAAAGCGAGAAAACCAGAGCGAAGAAUGA